AGGUUUGAGGAGAAUAAAGUAAGAGAGGACAAAGAAAUUGUAUGACAGCAGGAAGAGCCAGCCUGCUCCACCUGAUUUAAACCGUGGCGGGUUUGAAUCCGAUUUAGUCUAACAGCAGCAGCAGCAGCAGCAGGAUGGCCUCUAGGACUAUGGCAAACCUUCCCAGUGGGUUCGGAAUAUGUUCCACCCUCCCCGACAUCCUGUACCUCCCAGAACUGGUUUUUGGUGGUCUGGUGUGGAUCUUGGUGGCAUGCACACUGGUAGUGCCACACAAUCCUCAGGGCUGGGUCAUGUUUGUCUCUGUCUUCUGCUUUGUGAUGACUUUUAUCUGGAUGGUGGUGUUCGCCUGUGGGACACAUCAUAAUAAAGCCAGCUGGGCAGCAGCAGACCUUUUGUAUCAUGGCAUUGCUGCAUUCUUCUACCUCAGUGCUUCAGUGGCGUUGGCCAAAGUGACGCUGGAUCUGAGCGGAAAACAGGGCAACAGCACAACUACAGAACAACGCAACUACAAGUUGGACGUCUCUGCAGUGGUUUUCUCAUAUGUAGCCACUCUUCUCUACUUCGUCCACACAAUCCUGUCUGCCAUCCGAUGGAAAUCUUUCUAGUAGCUUGGUGAUGAAGACUGUCAAGUUACUGAUCUGGCGUUUCCCUCUGCUAAAUGAAAGACAAUCUGGAUCUCACUGUGCCUCACACUGCCUCAUGUCUACUGUUAACGUCCAGAAUACCAUAACACAGCAUCACUACUUACAGCCACAAGAUUAAAACCAGGGGCCACACAGCGUGUAGGAACUGGAUAUUUGUGAAUGUGCUGGGAUGCCAAGCACUGGAAUGCACUCCUUAUCCCAGAAAUAAUGGGGUCUGAGAUUAACACCUUAGAUUAGUUUCAGAUUUUAUUUGCCAUUUUGAAUAGUUCUCAUUUUGCAAACAUUUUUAAGUUGACAA